CUACUACUAUUAUUGUCCGUUUCCAAAAUCACCAUUACUUCCUUAAUUAAAGUAACUUCCCCAAAAUUCAAAAUUGUAGCGGUCUCUCUCUCUCUCUCUCUCUCUCUCUCUCUCUCUCUCUUCACAUACUAGUAUAUACUACUCGCCAUGCGUAGAAGUUGACAUGAUUAUGGUCUAAUUGCGAUGGAAAUACUCCAAUUGAUCGAUAUUUCGUCAGAAGACGAUUUUCUUAUAGCUUCUCAUUUGGACGAUAAUCUCCGAGAUUUUCGACUUUCAGUGUCGUUGGAGAAUAUAGACGAGAACAAAGAUUUAAAGCUAAUUAGGAAUACGAGUUCUCAAGGAGCUGAAAAUGCAGCAGAUAUACCCAAACAAAGGGAGCAGAAACUUUUAGUUUCUGAAUCCAUGGACCCUGGAAGAGCAAGUCACGUGCGCAAAAGCUUAGCUUGGGAUAGUGCCUUCUUCACCAGUGCAGGAGUUCUGGACCCUGAAGAGCUGUGUAUCAUAAAUCGAGGCUUUGAGAAAUCAGAAGCUCAUCUAGUACAUAAGAUUCGACAAGAUCAACGAAAGUGGAGAUCCGUUGACAUACAAUAUACAUUAAAAAGUGAUGGUUUCUGUUUUGAAACCAACCAAAGCACUGAGGGUGACCUGUUUGAAGAUGUAAGAGCAUCCAUCCAGAGAUCCAGUAUAAUGUCCAAUGUUUUCAAGUCAGAUUGCAAAUCAGGAGUUGGAGAAGCUUGCAAACAGAAAGCCCGCUACUUGAAGAAAGUGGAUGAUGUCUCGCAAAAUAGGGUGAAACCCAUGCCAAUUUCUAGAAGGCAAAGCAUCUAUUUGAAAGGAUCGGAAAGAACUAUAGAAGUUGUUGCCCAUUCAGAAAAUUUACAGCAUGCUACAAGGAAUGGAGAAUCCAAUUUGUUUUCCUGCAAGCCGCCAAAGAUAUUACGCAUUAUGAACCCCGUUUCAGCAGGACAUACAAAGAUUCUCUUGGGUGCGGACCCUAUCAAAAUGGAGAAGAAAACUGCAACAUCUAGAUCUGGGCAAGGUUUGGAAGUGUCCAAGAGAUCUGGUUCCAGUACCUCAUUUUGUUCCACAAGCUCUAUGAUAUCUCCUAAACCGUCUUCUUCAAUUCCUGUCACUGCCAGCAAUGAUGCAACAGCUUCUUGCUCUCCGUCUUUUAGAUUUUCCUCAACCUCAAAGAGAAAAACUGAUUCCACAAAUACCAGACUUGCUGCCACUGGUUCAACCAACAAGACUCCUCCUCUAAGGUGCUCGCCAGGAGGCAAAAGCGGUUUGAGAAAUCUUAGUUCAAACCAGUAUUCGUUUGCAUCACCUGUUAACUCCUUUGAUGGAUGGUCUUUGGAAUCGUCAUCAGCUUCUGCCAGGCGCAGAUCUAAAUGUUUGGAGACUGGCUUUUGCACCAAUAGAGGAGCUUGUUUAAGCAAUGUUGGCACCCAACAAUUAGAUUUGCAGAGUCACUCACAUGAUCAAUUGUUUGGCCAUCAAGAAAGUCAGCAAACUAAGUUGCUAACUCGAUGCAUUGAUGAAGUCCUGGAAACUGGUAAUGCUUUGGCAGAAUCAAGAAGAUUCAGACCUUCAGGUCUUCGGGUGCCGUCACCCAAGAUGGGGUUCUUUGAUGAGGAAAAAUCUCCAGUGCCGUCUGUUAGUGGAGGUUUGCAGCUUCAUUUAAGAGCACAGAGUGUUUUGUCUAAUACCAAUGGGACUGCAAAUGGUGAAACGCUUGGUAAACCUCAACCUGCUAGUGUAAUAGCAGAAAAGGGAAAUAUGAAAUCUCGUUCUAAGCAAACUGGAGUGAUAAUGGCCAGAAACACAACACAGAGUCAAGAGCAAGAGGAAAGUUCACCACAAGUGUCCAGCAUUUCGGCAACAGUAAAAAAUUGCCCAGGGAAAGCUUCAAAAGUUCAGUGUUAUAUAUGUCCUCAGUUGUGCAGAGAAAAUUGCUCCAAAUCUAAGGAAGUUAGUGAUGGGGGAUAUGACACAAGAAAACUAGGCCUGAAUUCAGGUUUGAAGGAAGAAAGGAAAAUAACAGACAGCAUACUGGAAAAUGGAAUGAGAAGAGACAACAAGAGGCGUGUCUGCUUAAGGGUCAAUAUGAUCCAUCCAAGCAAAGAUGAAAAUCUAGACCAUCAUCUAGUCUAUCAUGGAGAUAUAAACAGAAGUAAGAAAGAAUAUGCAAAGGAUAGCUUCGCUAGUUUGGAGGACCAUGUUAAUGGUUUAAGCAGAUACUUUGAAGCCGUUGAUCUCAACAGGGACACCGUGAUAGAGCUCAGUGGGAAGAACAAGGGUCGUUGUAAUCCCAUCUUUGGUCAUAGUUUCACUGAUAUGGAAACAAAUGCUGUUGAGGUCAUACCCAGUACAAGGACUCCAUUGGCAGACAGAAAUUCUGUUUGCACUGGAGCAGAGUCGUUUGGGUUUACAACGGGAUAGACACCAGAAGAGGUGGCCGAAGAGGUUUCUAACUCCAUUCGCAAAGCAACGGAGGUUAGAGUAGCUGAGCUUUUUGCAGCUAAUGCUAAACAGUGUUAUUCAUUUAUUUAUUAUUAUUAUUUUUUUUUGGGGGUGGGGUGCUCUUCCCAUAUUGGCAAAGGUUCAGGUGUAUUUUUGAAUUGCAAGGCUUUU